AUAAGAAUUUAUAGAGCAGUCAUCAAUCAGAGCGCAAGUAUCCCGGCGUUGUCAUUAUGAGCCAGCCUGCCUGCUUGCUCGCGAUCCCCUCGCCUCCUCACUCGCCUGUGCAACCAUCACCCAGCUCAAUAGUCCAACGACCCCCUACUCCUUUCCAGCCUUGCGGAUUUGGGAUAACACACUCUAAUAUUACGUGCGUCGCCCUCUCCUGUCAGAUCGCUAAGGUCUCCCUAUGCCGCUCGCUUUUGUUUACAAUCCCCUGCUCGGUGCUGCUCAGUUCCUUCGGAGCCCUCUCCUUGCUGCUCGUUGAACCCGAACUUGAAGCUUCUGGAAUGAGAUUAUGGUGGACUAGAAUGGUGUAGGAUCGAAUCAACCGCAGAGUCAAUUGCGUCAUGUUUCCUUUUAAGAUUGGAAUUUGCAACAGCUGAUCAAGCUGUAAGCAAUAUGAGCUUCAGAGUGUGGUUGACGGCGUAGAGCAAACGAUUGAUCAAGUCGCGCCCAGAGGAAGGCUUAGAGGAUCCGAGCGGUUAAUUUUAAGGUUAAUUUGAUCAAUCGCUAACAGUGUAAGCAAGGGUCCUUCGAGUUUAGCCUCUGCAUCCGAUCAUUUCCCGAGAUAGUGUGCUCGAGGAGUGAACUUAAAUUUUCGAAAAUUUUAGGAUUUGCGAUGCUUGAGCUGGAUAGUGCAACAGUUUGAUAUUGCAAGAAUUUGGACAUCGAGGUUUAUAGACCUCAAGUUGUCAGUUUUUUUUCUAAACUGCCACCGAAAUGGCAAUGGUGAUGCCCCGAUCGGAGCGAGACAGGUUGCCGAGCUUCUCUAAGCGCCGUGUGCACACGAAAUCAAAUUUCGUUAGAAGUCCGAGGUCGGUUUUAAUGCCUGUGUCACCUGGUGGUAGCUCCACAGAGUCAAGCUCCUUAGCAAGCUCGAUCCUUGGGGAGCAGAUCGUGGAGUGCACUAGCUUCAGGAACCCCUUACAAACGAACAACAGUAAGCCGUCUGAGGCAAGCUUUGAGCAAGUCGACAACUACACAUGUUUCAGGUUCGUGUCAAUUGACAGGCCGAGUGACUUGCUCGUGGAGGUAGACGGCAUCUCCUUUCAUCUUCACAAGCUCCCGCUUUUGUCAAGGAGCGGCCUUCUCUUCAGGUUAUUAUCACAGUCGAGCAACUCACGGAAGGCCUACAUCAAGUUGGUCGACAUGCCUGGAGGAGCUGAAGCGUUCAUUGUAGUUGCCAAAUUAUGCUACGGCAUUGUGGAGGAACUCACUCCUACUAAUGUCGCCACCGUUCGGUGCGCUGCGGAAUAUCUUGAGAUGACGGAAGCGUUUGAGGAAGGCAAUGUUAUCAGCAAAGCUGAAGCUUACCUCAAUGUUGUGAUCCUGAAUUCUUGGCAGGAGUCGAUCAUUGUUCUCCAAUCCUGUGAACUACUCCUCCCAUGGGCAGAGGACUUGCAUCUCGUGAAGAGGUGUGCCGAGUCUGUUGCACACAAGGCCAGUACCGAUCCACGAGGUGUUCGCUGGCUCUAUUCUGGUAUGGAGAAAAAUAGUACGAUGGGAGUGUGUCAGAGAGGUGCACUUGAAGCAUCAGUCGUCAGGGUUGCGCCCAAGGAUUGGUGGUAUGAGGACGUCUCACAUUUGACAAUUUACUGUUUCAGUGAAGUGGUGGACGCUAUUCAGGAGAAAGGCAUGGUGCCGGAUCUUCUUGGAGGUGCCUUGGAAUACUACGCUCAGCGAUGGCUGCCGGGAUUAGUCAAUCCAGCGCUGCACAAUGUCUUUAGACAAGGCAAUAGUAUUCACAGUGCUGCAUCCACAAGAAAAAACUCGCCGAUCUCAUCACCCCGGAUCACAGACGGACACCUGAUUUAUAACUGUCUAUCUAAGGGCACGGGGGAAGAUGCGCCCUCUAGUCUACAAGAGACUAUAGCUGAGCAGAAUAGGAAUCAAUUUAUUCUCGAGGAAAUUGUCAGUAUGCUGCCACAGCAGAAAGAUGUGGUCUCCUGCAGUUUCUUGCUUCGCAUGACGCGAGCUGCUUACUUGUUGAAUUGCGACCUUGAAUGCAAGGCGGAGUUAGAAAGACGAGCUGGUCUACAACUAGAUGGAGGAACUUUGAGCGAUUUGCUGAUUCCUUGCUUUUCACACAAUAGCGAGUAUUUGUACGACAUCGACAUUGUGCGCCGCAUUGUGGGCCAUUUUUUGACACAGGAGCAAAGCGACAGUCCAAUAUCUUUCUCGUGUAAUAGAAAUAUACGCAGUAUUUACGACGGCCCUCCAGAUGGUAGCUGUCAGCCACCUCUGAAUUUAAGAGCAAAAGUGGCUAAGCUACUGGACGCCUAUCUUGCGGAAGUGGCAAGAGACAGCAAGCUUCCAUUGUCCAAGUUUCAAUCUCUUGCUGAAGCUCUUCCUGAAGGUUCUAGAUUAUGCGACGACGGACUAUACAGAGCAGUUGACACAUUUCUCAAGAUACAUCCGAACUUGACUGAGCACGAGAGGAAGAGGCUGUGCCGAAUCUUAAACUGCCAUCGUCUCUCACUGGAUGCCUGCACGCAUGCUUCCCAGAACGAGCGCUUGCCACUCCGUUUUGUUGUACAAGUUCUCUUCUGCGAGCAACUCAAGAUUCGAAGCACGGUGACUGAGGUCAGUAAUUCAGUGAAGGAUGAUCGCAGCGAUACUGAGAAUGCUAGUGUCACAUCACGGGAAACUACGGCAGCCGAUCCUCAACGGACAGCUGGCAUCAGCGCCACGCCUCAGCCGGCGGCACUUCAUGAGAAUACUAAUCAAAUGGAAAUCAGAGCUUUGCAACGCGAACUUGCAAUUAUGAGAGUCAAGUGCAAUAAUCUGGAGAGAGAUCAGGGCAGCAUUCAAGAUCAGGUUCAAGAAAUAGCGAGAAUUUCCAAAGUACGUUCAUCCUCGUGGUCGUCAGGAGCGUGGAGGAGGAUCACAAAACUACAUUUGUUCAACAAGAACAGCCCGAACGACGAAACAUCUUCGACUGAAUCACUCUCUGAGCGUCGAAGAUGGAGGAAUUCUAUAUCUUAGAGCUCCAUAUCCGUGCAACUCGUAGAUCUAUCUUAGGUUUGUUCAUAAUGCCUAUUAUGUGACUGUUCUUUAGCGGAUUGAGACUCCAAAAACGCAGGACAUUUAGAGCGCUAAGCGAUUAUUGGUUUUUGUUUCCUACGACCUAUAAACUGCAGGAACAAUAUUCAUUCUUCAGCAUCGAGGUCAGAGCAUUGAGGUUUGAUUCAUGAACCCAGGUCUGUCACCCCUCGUCGAUACCUUCGCGUGUUCCCGUGGCCAUUAGCUGCGAUCUACUUCAAGAAUUAAAACUUGACUGUACAGAACGUCUUUGAGAAUCCAGUACAUCAAAAACAGAUUUCUUCUCUUCA